GUUUUGACCACUUGCUGUCCCGUUUACCCCAAGUCAUAUGACAUUCAGCUGAGUACGGAUUUUCAUUGGUUGACUGUUCGAGAUCCUCAUCGGGAAAUAGUAUCGGAAAAUCAGCUCCUCUCGGUUGAAUUUGCGUAUUAUUUGCUAAAUUUCCGGUUCCAUCGUACCUCCUAAAGCAACCCGUUGCCAUGUCCGACGUCCAGGAUCUAAUGUCGUCCCUGCCGGACGAUAAAAUCGACAUGAUCGCUGCCACCAGCGUUCUGCAGCAGCAGGCAGGCGACAUCCGUAUGAACAAGCCGAACUGGUCGUCCUACAAGCAGUCCCAGAUGAUCUCUCAGGAGGACUAUGCUUGCGUCAGCAGUCUGGAUAAGGAUAAGAAAUCCCAGGCUCAAUACUUGCAGGAAAAUCCAGGACAAAGCGCCAAGACGUUCCUGAACCUGCUGUCGCACGUUUCGAAGGAUCAGACAAUCCAGUACAUUCUGGUGAUGAUUGAUGACCUCCUGCAGGAGGACCGUACUCGAGUUCAACUGUUCCACGACUAUGCCAACAAGCGCAAGGAAAGCGUAUGGGCUCCGUUCUUGAAUCUGUUGAACCGUCAGGAUGGUUUCAUUGUGAACAUGGCCUCGCGCGUCGUGGGUAAGCUGGCUUGCUGGAGUCAGGAACUGAUGCCCAAGUCAGAUUUGCACUUCUACCUACAGUGGCUGAAGGAUCAACUAACCGUGGCUGCUCAAAAACUUUUGAAAGAACUCGAAGAAGCUGAGAAGAAGCGCGCCGAUGAAGCAGCAGCGGCGCAUCAACACGUACAUGGACAUCACGCUCAUCAGAGUGGGGCAGCAAGUGGUGGUGGUGGUGAUCAGCAUCACCAUCACCAUCUUCUGCACUUCCAUUUGCCUCAUCAUGAGCACCAUCACCAUAAGCAGAUAGAGGAAAAGUACCGCGAGAUAACGAGUGCUAUAGAUGAGCCACGCCAACGUGUAGAAGGCGAAGAACCGAACGUCUCCCUUACGAAUAACGAGUACAUCCAAUCAGUGGCCCGCUGUCUGCAGAUGAUGCUGCGCGUUGAUGAAUACCGUUUCGCGUUCGUCACCGUCGAUGGAAUCAGUACGUUGAUUAGCAUUCUAUCGUCCCGCGUCAACUUCCAGGUUCAAUAUCAAUUGGUAUUCUGCUUGUGGGUGUUGACAUUCAAUCCGUUGCUGGCGGAGAAGAUGAACAAGUUCAACGUCAUCCCCAUCUUGGCCGAUAUCCUGAGCGAUAGUGCCAAGGAGAAGGUCACCCGCAUCAUUUUGGCCGUGUUCCGAAACAUGAUCGAGAAGCCCGACGAUGCGCAGGUUGCCAAGGAACAUUGCAUCGCUAUGGUGCAGUGCAAGGUCAUGAAGCAACUGCAGAUUCUGGAGCAGCGUCGGUUCGACGAUGAAGACAUCAGUGCCGAUCUGGAGUUCCUCAUUGAGAAGCUGCAGAACUCGGUGCAUGAUCUAAGCUCGUUUGACGAAUACUCCACGGAAAUCAAGAGUGCCCGCUUGGAGUGGUCUCCGGUGCACAAGUCGGCCAAAUUCUGGCGUGAGAAUGCUCAGCGUCUGAACGAGAAGAACUACGAGUUGCUCCGUAUUCUCGUCCAUCUGCUGGAAACCUCCAAGGACCCCCUGGUGCUGUCCGUUGCUAGCUACGAUAUCGGAGAAUAUGUCCGCCACUACCCAAGGGGAAAGCACGUCAUCGAGCAACUGGGUGGAAAGCAGCUUGUCAUGCAAUUGCUGGGCCAUGACGACCCAAAUGUUCGCUACGAAGCCUUGCUUGCCGUUCAGAAACUGAUGGUCCACAACUGGGAGUACCUUGGCAAGCAGUUGGAGAAGGAAAGCGAGAAGGCUCCCCAAUCCGGAUCAACAAUCAGCGGAAAGGCUUAAGAAGCUGGGCUUGUUAUGUUUGUUCUUCUGUUUAGCUUUCUUGUUAGCAAUUUUGGAAAAUUAUAUUCGGCCCCAAUUUGUUUUGGCCCAUCAGUUUGCAUACGAAGGUAUUACAUUCCUUUUUAGUUCUUGUUUUGGUUUGAUUUGAAAACAUAUUAUGGAUUCACGGCAGAACGUGUGCCGAUUUGGUAAUACUUUGAUUGUAUAUAAUCUGAUUAACAUCGCUACAAUACCCUGUUAGCAAAUCACCUAGAAGAGUGUUUAAACUUUCAGCUUCGGCUGUAUAUUGAAAAAUGUGUAUUUCUAAGAAUGAUGUAUUAUUGAUCAAACAUGUUAGCAUAAGCUUUAGUCUGGUGGCAGGUGUAGUUUUAGCGUCCUUUAUGAGUAGAAACAGCAACAACAAAACUACGCCCUAUUCUGGACACAUAUUAGUAUGAACGUAAGACAUCGUAUUCAGCGUAAUAAAGUACCGUCGUACAAUAUUGUGCGUA